CACCCCCUUUCUAUGUUCGAUAGGAAGAUGAUAGUAGAGCAUAUCGCUAUCCUUAUAUCUCGCUAAUUGGAUUUCCACGCUGCAAAGCGUUGAUGCGGGCGUGUCCUUUCAGCUACUGUUCGCUGUUUUCUUUCUUUCUGGGCCGCUGAUUAACUUCUUGACCAAAUCGCCGCUCCAAACGUGGGCACACAGAGGGAGGUGUGACUGGCAAACUCAGUUCUUGAUAUGUGUCAAUCAUAAUCAAGUUGCAUCCCUCUCCAAAUUUGGACUCUUUAAUUGAAUUUAUGCCCAAGAUAAUAAACCACGCUGAACCAUGGAAAAAGAAGGCACAUUUGCGGCUAUGCCGCCAGAUUAUGCUCCUAGAGAAUAUGAGAGACACGCGAUGGAUCCACCACAAAGGAUCAGCGCAGAUAUCGAUAGUGAUUUCCAUUCCAUAUCACCCGAGGACCGUCGGCCUCAAGCAUUCGAGGGAAAAGACGAAGAAUGUCGCCCUUCCUAUGCCUCGGACACAAGCCACGAUGCUGCGGUUGUAGUGCCGAGAGUAGAUCGCAGAGGACUCUUUGGUCAGUUUACGCUGCUGGCGGAAGUUGAAAACCCGAAGGCUUAUACUCGGAAGAAAAAAUGGUUCAUCACUUUCAUUGUUGCGUGGGCAGGAGCCACAGCCCCUAUGGGAAGCGCAAUACUCUUCCCUGCCCUCUCUCAGGUUACCAAAGAGCUGAGCUCGACAACCACUGUGGCGAAUCUCAAUAUCUCGUUGUACAUGCUUAGCAUGUCGAUUUUUCCUUUAUGGUGGUCAUCUUUCAGCGAAAAACUGGGGCGACGGACUAUAUACCUUGUAUCAUUUUGUCUCUUCGUGAUAUUUAAUGUACUCUGUGCUAUUUCUAAGUCAAUGGCCAUGCUCAUUGUCAUGCGAAUGCUCAGUGGUGGAGCUUCUGCUUCGGUCCAGGCGGUCGGAGCAGGGACAAUUGCGGACUUAUGGGAAUCUCAAGAAAGAGGCCGUGCUAUGGGAAUAUUUUACCUUGGACCAUUAUGCGGACCAUUGGUGGCUCCUAUUGUUGGAGGUGCUUUGGCUCAACGCUGGAAGUGGAGGAGCACGUUAUGGUUCCUAGCAGCUUAUGGGGGCAUAACCGUUGCGUUCAUAUUCUUCGCCCUUCCAGAGACGUUGAUAUCGGCAAAAUCCCCUAGUCCUAAUACAAGUAGCGAGCAACAGGAGCCGAUUGGGCGUCGGCUGAGCCGAGUCUCUUCCCGACAGGUUGUGGGGUUCACUACAAGGUGGCUGAAGUUCCUCAAGAUGGCCCUCGUCGAUCCGCUGAAAAUUGUGCUUUAUCUUCGAUACCCACCAGUCUUACUGACGGUAUACUACGCAAGUAUCACUUUUGGCUCUCUUUAUGUGUUGAAUGUCAGUGUUGAACACACUUUCGGGAGCGAUCCAUACAACUUCACUACGAUCCUUGUCGGUCUGCUCUACAUCCCCAACUCUUUGGGCUAUGUCGUCGCCAGUACAUUUGGAGGGCGAUGGAUGGACAAUAUCAUGCAGCGAGAAGCCAGAAAGGCACAAAGAUAUGAUGAGAAUGGCAAUUUGAUCUAUCACCCCGAAGAUCGCAUGCGUGAGAAUGCCUGGCUUGGUGCUUUUUUGUACCCUGCUGCGUUGAUUUGGUAUGGCUGGACUGCAGAUCGGGGUGUAUUCUGGCUCGUACCGAUGAUUGCAAAUUUCUUCUUCGGCAUAGGAUCUAUGCUUAUCUUUAGCAUGGCAACGACGAUGCUGACGGAAUUCAUGCCCAAGAAGGCUUCAUCAGGAGUCGCACUGAAUAACUUCAUGAGGAAUAUCUUCUCCUGUGUCGGUUCUCUGGUAACAGCUCCUAUCAUCGACGCCAUUGGUAACGGAUGGUUAUUUACUAUACUCGGGAUUGUUGCCUUUCUAAGCAGCUCUGUCCUGUUUGCGAUGAAGGUAUUUGGGCCACGCUGGAGAAAGUCGAUGGAUGCACUCAGGCAUUGACGAGGUUAGUUGAGUCCAGCUGUCUAAUUGUGGGCCUUGAGAAGGUGUGGCAUUCCAGAACUUUCAAAGAUUAAUCCUCUUCUCUUGUCCAUUGUCAAGUUGGGCUGCUGCUAUGCAUUGUCAUAAGCAUGGUAUGCAUUCUGUAUAUAGCAGUCCUGCCACUUUUUUUGUUGCAGGAUCGUCAUCGCCCACAUCUCACUAUCUUGAAAGAAGCAAAACCAAGUCCCGAAAGGCUGGAACUGUGGAUAUGUCACAUGGUUGGUCUGGAUAAACACUAUAAUGCUCCCUGGAUGAUGUUGCUGUUUAAAGAUACCCGAAGCAUGGGCCAUGUUAUUUUUAGAGCUAAUGUGAAGUUGAACGUUGUCAGAUACCUAAAUUCGGAGGGUUACCUGUUCCUGCUCUCUCAUCAUAGGUCCGUGCAAUAACUCAGUGGGCAGCAUCAACCUUGGAAGUACUACGGAGUAUCCUAUGAAUAGAGUUCAUUGGGAGCAAAGGUAGCUGCCAGAUGUGAUUUACGAAAAGUUCUUCCCAUUUCCCUCUAAACUCCGUCCUAAGUCAGAGCCAGCCACCAGGGCGAGACAACGGGCAAAAUGGAGACAGAUCUGACCUGUCUUAGUUUCCCUUUAUUCUGGUCUAGGGGGUUCUACUCGGUUAUCGUACCCACAUGCUGCCUGAAGCCGACAUUUGAG